GUCUUAAUCAGUAUAGUGGAGAUCCAAAGACUGAGUGGGAUCUGAACACCUACAAAACCAAACAGUCCCUGCUGGAGGCUAUUAAAAAUAUAAUCCAACCAGGAGGAGGAACAAAUACAGGCAUUGCUCUGCAUCACAUCCUUCAUCGGAGCUUCAAACCCACUGUGGGGAUGCGUCCAGACUCCAAAAAAAUUGCAGUUCUAAUUACUGAUGGACAAUCUCAGGAUGAUGUAGAACCUGCUGCAAAGAACCUGAAAGACACUGGAAUUGAGAUAUACAUCGUUGGUGACUCAUUUUUUCUGUGUGGAUUAAUUUAUUUUCAAUCACCAGAAUACAACACAUGAGUGGAAGAACUGUCUGGAGAUAUUUUCCUGAUUUGUCAAUAAUAGUGUAAAAUGAUCCAUGUUUGUUUCAGGAAUUGGUGAUGUUGAUAUAACUGAACUGAAGAGUAUUGCUGAAAAUCAUUUAUACAUUCUUAAAAAAUACAAACAGCUCAAAAGAAUAAUCUCUAAUAUCACCAGGAGCCUCUGUACAACCCACAAAGACUCCGUCCGAUUGGUGAAUGGAACCAGUUUGUGUUCAGGCAAACUGGAAGUGAAAUCCUCCCAGUCUGUAAGGUCCAAUCAGAUCUGGUCUGCAGUGUGUGAAGCUGACUUUGACCAGAAGGAUGCAGAAGUGGUCUGUAGAGAGCUUGGAUGUGGGCCUCCUUUGGUCCACCAGGGGGCGUGGGGUAAAGACGGGGAAGCUUCUACAUGGACUGCAGAGUACAACUGUAAAGGAUCAGAAUCUUCUCUCCUGGACUGUAGAAGAUCAGGCUCAGUCAAAAUCACCUGCUCAUCUGACAAAGCUGUUAGACUCACCUGCUUUGAACCUGUCAGGUUGGUGGAAGGAGCCAGUCGCUGUGAAGGAACGUUAGAAGUGAAACGAACAGAGUGGAGACCAGUUCAUGGUCCAAACUGGUUCCUUAAGGAAGCAGCUGUUGUCUGUGUGGAGAUGCUUUGCGGUUCUGCUGUUUCUGUUGAAAAACAUGAGAAAAGCUCAGUCAGCCCUGUGUGGUGGAUCAGUCCUGAUUGUGUUCAGUCUGGGUAUCCUCUGAAAGAGUGUGCCUCAGCAGCAUUAGCUUCAUCCUUCCUGAACAUCACCUGUUUAAACUAUGUGAGGUUGGUGAAUGGAACCAAUCUGUGUUCAGGCAGACUGGAGGUCAAGUUCUCCCAAUCUGACUGGAGCUGGUCUACUGUAUGUGAAACUGACUUUGAUCAGCAGGAUGCAGAGGUGGUCUGCAGGGAGAUUGGUUGUGGGCCUCCUUUGGUCAUCCAAGGAGCACUCUAUGGAGAAGUGAAAGCAUCUAAAUGGACCAAAGAGUUCCAGUGUGAAGGGACAGAAUCUUCUCUCCUGGGCUGUAGAAACAGAGGCCCAGUUAGAAACACCUGCUCACCUGGCAAAGCUGUUGGACUUACAUGCUCAGAACCUGUCAGAUUGGUGGGAGGAGCCAGUCGUUGUGAAGGAUUACUGGAGGUUAAACUGGGAACUUGGAGACCAGUGAAUUCCUCAAAUUGGACCAUGAAGGAAGCAGCUUUAGCCUGCAGAGAGCUGGACUGUGGUUCUGUUGUUUCCAUGGGAACCAGGAAUAAUACUUCUGUUAAACUUUUUUGGGAAAUUAACCUCAACUUGUUUAAAUCUGGAUCUUCACUGAGGGAGUCUGCAUCAUCAUCAUCUAAGUUUUAUUCAAUUCUGGAGCUUGUAUGCACAGACCUGCUAGUUCAGCCAAUCAUUUCGGUGUCCACCAAGGGUGGGGUCACGCGCACAAUCCCCCAGGGUUUAGCAGGAGUGUUAUUGGGCUCCAGCUUCACAAUCAUUUGCUCCAUCCAGCCCCAGUAUCCAGGAGGUUCCUUCCAGCUCUUCUUCACCUCAGCCAACACGACACAGAGCUACAGCCAACCACAUAUCAAUCACUCGGCACACUUCCUGUUUCCUGCAGCAGGGCCCAACCACUUUGGAAACUACAGUUGUGUUUAUAAUGUUCAUGUUUUCUUUCAUAACUUCUCCUCUAAGAGCCGUCUGUUGACUGUGAAUAUAUUAGAUCCAACAGUUUUUAUCGUCAAACUGGUGAUCCGGCUGCUGACACUGCUGUUCCUCAUCUCUCUGGUUUGCUGUGUCUCUAAGACCACCAGGGAGCAGCAGAUGGUUCCAGAGAGGAACAUGGGGCUGGAUUCACCAAGAGCUGAAGGAGGACAGGUGGAGGAGGAGGCGGCAGAGUUUUAGCAUCCUUGUGUUGUGAAAAAAAUCUGUACAUAUAGAAUAAGCUCUAGAACAGAAAUUAGUUAAUCACAGCCAGGCCUAAAAUAAUACACCUGGUUUUUCUUUAUAGUUUUUCUGCAUACUGUGUUAGUUGUUAUUUUUAUGGACUCCACGAAAUAUUGCAGUAUCUGAAUCUUUGUUUUGUCAAUCUUUUAUUUGAGUGUCUCAGAUGUAAGACUUUGUUCGCAUUUCUGAAUGUCAGAAGUACAAUGCUUUGUAUAAAAAGUCUAAAAAUAUAAAAUCCUAUAUUAUUAACAGUUUCAUAACUUUUUGUUACAUUUACUUUAUGCAUCAGACAUACAGUACAUAUACAGUGCAGAGAAAUGUUUUUAGGCUUUUUGUUAUAGAAAUACUUAAAGAUAUGACAGUUGAGUGCAUCAUGAAGCUCUAACUGGUUUAUAUUAAUCUUAAACUGAAAAUGAGGUAAAAAAAAAAGUACUUCUUCUAAAGAGCUAAAAUUGACCUUUUUGCAAUUCUGAUAUCCUAUUGGAAAUUCAUCCACACUAGGAAAGACAAGAUACCUAUUCUGAAAUUAAAAAAAUUCAUAUGAAUUGAUUUAUUUAUCACAUCUUAAUCAUAUUUUCUUAGGACAGAAUUUUGAGACAAGGUUAGAAUUGAAACAAAGAAAAAAUGGUGUCCAAAUGUGUAUAAUGUUAAGAACCUGUAUCCUGAGAAAGCAACAUCUAAGUGUACAGAUGCAACAUGCUGGAAACUAACUUCAGAAAUUGGUUCCCUUAAUCAAAAUUC